AUGUCCGCCCAACUCAAGGCAAUGCGGGCCCAACGCCGUCGCGAGGACAGGGCGGACUUCAACGCCGCGCUCACGGCCACCGUCAGGCACGUGAAAUACACUAAAUCACAGGCGAAGAAGAACGACAAGAAGGUAGAUGCGGCGUUCAAGAAGCUGGAGCGAGCCAUGAAACAGGCGGAGGCCGCCGAGGAGGUGUUCCGCAUGGUUUUGCGGGAGGCAGAG